AUGCUGUGUCAAAAGUCGAAUACGGUGGCCACCGCGCAGAAACGGACAGUGCGGAUGAGGCGGAAAACAUACACACACACACACACACACACACACACACACACACACGCACACGAACAGGGGGCGCAGGUGUCUUUCUUCUUUUUUGCAUCCAGGGAGGUGCGUUAUUUGUGAAAGAAGGCUUUGUACUUUCUAGAAUGUUUCGUCAGUUCUGUACGAGAGAAAUAAUGAUGUGCUCGCUUUACAUCAGCGCGUUGGGUCGCCUACUUCGCGAAUGACCUGCCUGACUACAACAUCCCUAUAAUUGGCAGGCACCUUCGUUCGUGCAGAAGAGGCAGAAGGAAUUGGAAAUGAUCGAAAAGGACGACGGUGGCACCAUCGCUAUGGGCGGCCGUCUUGCCACGGAUUACGUGCUCUACUUCCAGAACAAGCAAGCGGCGAAAGCUCUAGGCGAACGCAUCAAGACCAGCCUGAAAUUGACGGCGGUGCAGUGGAAUAACAUCGAGGAGAACGCGCUGGCUUUUCCAUUAGAUGUUCUGCCCCCACUGUACGCUGUUCAAUUGCUGCACAAUUUCGCAGCGCUCGACAAAGACGAAUCGAACUCGUUAGGACGGGACGAGGUGGUGAGAAGCGGACCGGUUUUGUUCUGCCCCGCGAACGUGUUAAUUUCGGGCACCACUUUGGCCUCGAACACAGCAACCACGUCCGUCGAUGGGACGGAACGCGCAGGGGCUCAACUUGUUCACGCCGCGAACUCGAGCCUGUUGCUUGUGUCGUUUACGGAUUACGCUUGCUAUUGUAGUAACGUUCACUCCUGCAUCGGGCGUUCCCACACGUUCGCCGCGCUUGCGUCCGCACUGCACGAAUCGGAAUCCCCAUCGUCGACUUCGUUCACCCAGCGGAUGGCCGCAGGCGGGGCGAUUGUUAUUUCGGUCGCCAUCGGAAAACUCAUAAUGGCUAUCUAUCAGGUUAUCCACGCGGUGAUCACGUCGCCGUACUACGUCCAGGCAGCCAAGGCGGGGGUCCAUGUGCUGGCCAACCACGCGGGGGGCCAUCACUUGCACAAGCUGGUCAAUGCGGUGAAGCCCCAUUCCUUGCAGCACCUCUUCUCAACAAAUGACUUACAUAUGAAGGAUUUCCCAAGACUGGUCCGUGCCUGCAAAGCAGCUGUGCACCGUAUGCUGCAGGCAGCCCAUCAUGCUUACAACGAAAUCACAUUCGAGCACCUGAAGAAACUUUAUGGUUGAGCAUCGCGAAGCCAAGGCAGUGCGUUUGCACCAGGUUUGAUGUUGCCAUGGAACCGAAGAGCCACCACCUUGUCUUCGUCCGUUUGGUCUGUGAUUCGUUGUAACAGUAAGAUCAACAUGCGGGUUCUGCAAUCGACGCGACAGCCGCAGAAAAAUCGCUGUUACCUUGUCCUCAAAGGUAGUCUUGAGGGAUGUUGUUGUUCUUUUCUGUAACUGUUUCGUGAUGUCGCUUGUUCGCACGGAUCGGUCGCUGCUCCGAGUUUCGUGUUUUUCUACGCCAGGCAAUGAUUAUUAGCACCGCUGCUGCUGAUGUUGAAUUUCAUUUACAUUUCUUUUACCAACGAGUGCGAGCAUACCGAACGGUAAGAUUUAGCUCAUGAAUAGCUCCAGCUGCACUCUUAAAGUUCUGGAACGCCACCUCCGACUCCGACUCCCGCAGCCGAGCCGAGCCGUAAUGAGGCCCGGGAAGAACUUGUCAUGUAUGGUGGGACUUGUCAUGUAUGAGGCCCGGGAAGAACUUGUCAUGAGGCCCAGAAAUGUCAUGUAUUGCGGGAGGGAUACAAGCAUUACUGUUAGCCGCCUCUACUAGUACAGUAAGCGUGGUCGAGCUCUAGUUCAUGAAAAAACCGGCUGCACUCUUAAAGUUCCGGUACGCCAAUCCCCUUGCGUGCGUGCGUGCGUAAUAUUCUGAUCUGAUCUGAUACAAAAGUCCUAAAAAGUUUAAAAUUGUUUUCCGCUUUCGAGCUUUUGGGGCCGCAAGGUGCCUCGGGGUGCGGCAGGCCGGU